AUGUAAGAUAGUUAAAACUUGAAAGAUUUACAAAUUCAACUAAGCAGAUUUAUCAGUAGACUUGAAGAAUUAGAACGAGAAAAUAAAUACUUAAAGGAAUAGGUUUUGAAUUAAUAAUGUUAAUUAAUGUAAAAUGUUAAAAUAAUUGAUGCAAAAUAUUAACAAAUUCAUCGUAAGUAAAAUUAAAUAAAAUAAACAAAGAUAUUUAAAGUGUCUUUACAAAUAUGGAAUUUCUUAAAGUUGUCUAACUAGUAUGAUUGCAUAAUACAAUAAAUUAAUAGAUAAAUUUGGUAUUGAUGACACAAUCAAAAUGGAUCUCAAAACUUGUAAUGAAAAAUAUGGUGUUAUUUAUGAAAAAAAUAAAGUUAUUGAUGAAGAAGAAAUGAAAAAUAUUAUAAAUGAAAGAAUUUCAAAAGAAAGUGAAGAAGUUUAUACACUUUUCUUUCCAACCAAAGUAUAUCAAUACUUAACAGAUAAUGAUUCAUUGUAAAUUCAUAGUAUUAUAUUUAGAUAAAAUACUUGUACUUUUUAAUCAUUACAAUCUCAAAGAUUUAGAAUGUAAAAUUCUAUAUAAAAUAAUUCAGAAUUAAUUACAGAUAAUUCAGAUGAUACAAUCAUAAAUAAUCUAACAACUUAAAGAUAUUUGGAAAAACUUUAAUUUGACUAUUAAAAUGAUUAAACUUUGUAAUAUCCAAAAACAUUCAAAGUAGAGAAGCUAUUAUAAUAAACAAAUAGAGAUCUAAGUUUGCACAAUAUUACAGAAAGAUCAUUAAAAUCUAAAUUUGAAAGAAGAGGAGAUAGUAAACAAGAAACAAAAUAAGAGUAAUUGAAAAUAUCUCCUCUAAAAUAAUUAAAUUAAUUAGGCAUUGAAGAUCGAGUUAAAAGAUUUGAUAAUUAAGAAAAUGAGAUUGGAUAUCCAAGGAGAAGAUCAAGAGCUGAUAGAAUAAAAUAACAAUAGUGA